CGCUGUUCCGCCUCCGCCCCCCAAAACCUGAAGGAGCCUGAAGAAAAUGGAAACGAGCCCCCCAACGAACGCCGGCAGCCAGCAGUGAAAAGCGAACAGCGGCCGCGGCCGCGCCCACCUCCGUUUCCAUUCUACCCCAUCCCAUUCCCCUCCUAUUCCAACCACCAUCCCCAAACACCUGAGGUUUUUUCCGCUCGAACAUGGCGGAGUCGGAGGUGGAGGCGCUUCGGAAGGCGUACGCGGAGAUCAUGCUGAACACCACCAAGGAGUCGGCGGCGCGGGUGCUGGCGGCGGAAGAGCGCGCCGCGGUGCUCGAGGGAAGAGUCGCGGCGGCCAAGGAGGACGGCGUGGCGGCGCUCGUCCGGCUCAAGGCCAUCAUGGAGGCCAGGAUUAAAGAGGUAGAAUCAAAAUCUUUGGCGCAUGUUCGGAAGAUCAAUGAACUACAAGAGCAGUUACAUGGUGCUCAGAAUACUGUGGCCUCCCUUCAAGUUGAGCUACAGACAGCAAAUACCGAAUUGGAGCAGACAAGGACAACUUUAGCAGAGGAAAGAAACAAUAUCCUUCCAACCUGCGAUGAGAUGGAUUCAAAUAAAAACAGGAGCUCUUGUUCUAAGAUGCAUGUCCAAAGCAGAAGUGUCUCAUUGAAGAACAAAGAUACUGCAGAUGACAUUUGUUGCGUCCCCACAAGCACUGAGAGUGGAGCUGCUGAAAACAGGGAGAAUGUAUGUGGUACUGAUGUGUCAUCUAUAGCAAGAAACAAGAAAUCUAAGUUGUAUCGAUAUGGGUGUACACAGCGUAUUCGUGCUCUUAAACGGCGGAGUCCUCGUGCAGAUUCCUCUGAACAAAACGGCAUGCAGGCUAGCGUAUUGAAUAUCCGUUCGAAGAUGGGAAAAAACAAUACUGCUAGGAACACAAGGCGCACAAGGUCCAUCAUGGAACAGAUACUUGAAACAGAGUUUCAGGGGAACUGCAAGCGCAAGAGAGGUCAACGUCGUAGGCCUAGUUAUAAGCAUGACAGUUCUGAGGUGCAUGGGAAAACAGAAGAUACAUCAUCUGAUGCCUCUGAUAAAGAUGGGUGUUUGCAGCUACUUAAGGCACUCGAACAGGAUCUUUCACCUCCAAAUAUGUUUACCAGGCAUAGUGGUGAGGGCUUAACUGAUCGGAAGGAUUACUUGCCCAUUGGCGGGAAGGAUGCACCUGCACUAAUAGAGGCACCUGCACUCAGCAAAAUGCAGAUAGUAAGGAGAAAAAGAACCAAGACCGUCAGGAUUUCUGAUGAUGGUUAUUCUCUUUCCAAAAGUGCUCCAGGUAACACUCUGCGAACAUCAACCAAUAAGGACACCAUUUUCAAGAGUGAGCAGACCUCUGAAAGUAUAGAUAAUCAUUCUGAUACACCUGCCAGUAAGAAUGUUUCCGGUUUGAGUGUUGGUACUGAAAACUUGAUGCAUCCCAGUGAUGGCACUGAAAACUUGAUGUAUCCCAGUGACGACACUGAAAACUUGAAGCAACCGAGUGACGCCACUGAAAACUCGAUGCAUCCCAGUGAUCACAUUGAAAACUUGAUGCAAUUGAGUGACACCACUGAAAGCUUGAUGCAUCCGAACAUUGCCAGUACUGGUCAAUUUGAGUCUGGGAACAGCUCCCCACUAGUUCUUCAGUCAACCAAAAGGCAAAUUGACAGUGAAGGUGAAUUAAGAGUAGACCACCCAAAGUGCAGAACACCAGAAACUAAUUCAGCAGGCUGGCAAGAAGUAAAAGUGGACGAGAGUUGCAAUUUGGCUUUAGAUAGAUCUGGUCCUUCGGCCAUCAUCUCCUUGGACAAAGAACAAAAUGCAAUGGCAUCUGGAGUUCCUGUGCAACCUGGAGGCGCUAGACGUAUCCAAUACACAUUCAACCGCAGAAAACGCAAGAGUAUGUCUUUAGACAGCACUCCUCAAGGUGCUAUACCUGAGAAGGGUAGCAGUCUGGUUAAUCUAACUGACAAACAAGAGUCGCAGGCUUUGCCUGGGAAGAGUAGCAAUCUGGUUAAUCUAGCUGACAAACAAGAGUCUCAGGCUUUGCCUGAGACACAAAAUCUUUUGGUAGAGUCACCUCAAGAUGACAGUGAACUAGUCCAUGUUGCCCAACAGCUCGUUUUGUUGUCAGAGCUGAAGUGGUGAGAAAUUGCAGUACAUAAAGCUGGAGGCAGGAUUGGUUCGGCGGGACGAGAAGUCAACAUUUGGCGGCAGCAGAGAAAAAAUAAAAAAAUCUAGCUCGUAGCUUAGCAUGCAACAAGGAGGGGCUUGGCAAUUGGCAUGUAGUACCGGGAGGUGUCGAUGUAUAAAAUUAGACAAUAAGUUUGAAUGUGCUAUUUAGUUGGUGUUAAACUUGGAAUUAUAGUUGUAAUCAGGUGGAAUAUUAUUGCUAUUUUGUCGGGGUUAAACUUGGAAUUAUAAUUGUCAGCAGGUUGAAUUCUUUCAUUAUUGGGGCAUCGAAAACUCAAGCGUGGAUGUUUCCUGAAUCCAA